AUGGAGGCACCUGAGGGGGAAGGCCGCACAUUCAUGCAGGUGAUCAGCGAAAAGUACAGCCCGGAGAACUUUCCAUACCGCCGAGGCCCAGGCAUGGGGGUGGUUGUCCCAACUGGCCACCAGGGAUCUCCUAUGAAAGACCGGCUGAACCUGCCCAGUAUGUUAGUCUUGAAUGGAUGUGGAAUCAGUAAUGCAGGAGAUGAAGCAGAGAUUGCUGCCUUCUGUGCUCAUGUGGUCGAGCUGGACCUGUCUCACAACAAACUCCAGGACUGGCACGAGAUCAGUAAGAUUGUUGCAAACAUUCCAAACCUGGACUUCCUGAACCUCAGCUCCAACCCGCUUAGUGACGCAGUGCUGGAACCAGAAUCUGCCGAAGCUUUCUCUCGACUGCGCCGCCUCGUACUGAACAACACUCAAGUGUCCUGGGACAUCGUGCACACCUUAAUGCGCGAGAUGCCUGAACUGGAAGAGCUAUUUCUGUGCCUUAAUGAGUACAACACUGUGACGGCGUCUACCACUGCAUGUCCUUCACUUCGACUGCUGCACAUCACAGACAACAAUCUACAAGACUGGAGCGAGGUGCGCAAGUUCGGCUCAAUGUUCCCCUCCCUGGACACGUUUGUGCUGGCUAACAACAACCUGGGAUCCAUUCUAGAUUCUGGGGACAAUCUCCGCCGGCUCUUUCCCAACUUGCGCAGCGUCAAUCUGCAUAACUCAGGUCUAAGUCGUUGGGAGGACAUUGAGAACUUAAAUUUUUUACCCAAGCUGAAGGAGGUGAGGCUGCAGGGCAUUCCUCUGCUGCAGACCUAUACCAACACGGAGCGACGCAGCCUCAUGAUAGCACAACUGCCAUCUGUAACCUGCUUGAAUGGGAGUGUGGUGACUGGGGGAGAGCGAGAGGAUGCAGAGAGGUUCUUUAUCCGUUACCAUCUGGAUUAUCCAAAGGAGGAGCUGCCUCACAGAUACCACUGUUUGGUGACCAAAUAUGGGAAGCUGGCCCCGCUGGCUGAGAUCGACCUGCGUCCACGCUGCCAUGCUAAGGUGGAAGUGCACUGUGAAGAUCGUGUAGAGCAGGUGAGCAUCCGUCUAGACCAGACUGUGGCCGAACUUAAGAAGCAGCUGAGGACAGUGGUUCAGCUCUCUACCAGCAACAUGCGGCUCUAUUACAUCGACAAGGACAUGUGCUCUGCCUUUGGCCCCGAGGAGAUGAAGUAUAGCACGCGGGCUCUCCACUCCUACAGCAUUCGUGAUGGGGAUGAGAUCCUGGUGGUGCCAAAGACCAAAUGACUGACCGACACAAGGACCUAGAAAAUACUGUUUGGAAUAAAGGAAUCUGAACUCGCCGUCUUUAGGCUCCACAGUGUUUCACAUGAUUCAGGAGAAAAAGAACAACAUCUAAGCUUCUUGGACUGGCUUGGGUUUUGAUGAUUUACUGUAGUUGUGUUUCACAGAUCACAUCCUUUCAGAGUCACUACACAGUCACGACACACUCGUCAAGCAAUGUGUGCGGCCCUGCACUUGUUGAUAUAUAGGUGGCUUCCUUUGGUUUUGUCGACUUUGCCCUGGUAUGGGGUUUGCUAUUAACUUUUAGCAGCUGCCUGUCUCUUCAAGACGAAAGCACAAUAGAAGACACACUUUUUGGCCAUCCAAAAAGUGCCUCUUAUCUACUUUGUGACAAUCAUCUGCAACUGAUCCUUUUACGGUUUUGUGGCAGGUGUGAAAUAAGGAAUCAGUUUGUGCAAAGGUCUUGAGGAGAAAUGGUGGAUUUGCUGAGGGUGUACGUAUGCUGUGUCAGCCUAGUAAGACUCACAUUUGGCAACAUCUGGAUUAGGAGUGCUGGCCUUUCAUGUAGUAACAGCUUAUUAUUUUAUUAUUUUUUAAUAUUAAUUUCUUGGAUAAAUACAAGGCAACUCUUACCUUGGUGGUUAGAGUUGGCAAUAAGUAUUAGCAUCACUAUUAGAAUCAGACAGUAAUUACUUAAAAUCAAAAUAAAAAAUUAUAUUUUGAUUCAGUCUAAGGCUUCAGUUGCUGACAGUUAGAUGUCAUCUGAUCCCGCUUAGGAGUAGUGGAACUGCUCUUUAGGUGCGUAAAUAGACUUAGAGUAGAAUCUGAAAAUAGGGGUGGGCAAUAUAGAAAAACAUUUAUAUUUAAACAUUUUCACAAUAUUUAUUGUGAUAUUUUGAUAAGCUUACAAAAUGCAUUAUUAGAAGGCAGACUCCUAAAAAAACGCAGUCCAAAUACUGUCCCAAUAUCCUAAUAAAGUGAUGUAUACUUUAGAUUUGCUGUACUUCUUGCAGUUAAACAAGACUACUUGUAUUUUGUAACUGUAUCUGACAAUUGAUAUGCUCAAAAAAAGUAUAUUAUGGAUCACAAUAACAAAUGUAUUAAAAUAUGAUAAAAUAUUCUCAUAUUGCCCACCCCUAAUCAGACAUAACCACAGAAGUGAAGAACUACAAGCGUCUGUAUGUCCAGGCCACACUAAUUUAAAGGCCAGUUUCCCAGACAAAGAUUAAGCCUGGUCCUAGACUACACAACAUUUUUAAUGGAUAUUUUACAUUCAAUGGGAAAUUGCUGUCUGGGAAACCAGCCUAAAAUGUUUUAUAGCAGGUUAAAAACUUGGCAGCACAAGCAGCGGACCUACAACAAAAUCAUGAUCAUAUAUUUUUUUCUGCUGUCAGAAUACAGUCACUUCCACACACUACUGUGCAAAUGCUGGGUUGCAAAGAUCAUAACACUUUAGUAAAUUAUAAUUUAAAAUGUAGCUUUAAAUGCUUUAAAGUGUGGAAGUGGUGUAAAAAUAAUAAUAUUUACAUACAAAAAGGGACUGAAAUAUUGGUUAAAAUGAAAGUGUAUCUUAUAUAAGACAAAAAAAUGAAAAACACAAUUUACAUCUAGUGUGACUUGGCCUUUUAAGAAAGCACUUGAGGAUAAGGUUAUUCCCCAGAAAAAGUGUUUAACUGACAUUUCCCAUGUUCUCAUAAUUUCAAAAGAAGGUAAAUUAGCCUAAAUUUAAGAUGAACCACACAUUUAAUAGCUAUCAGUGCAUCUGCGUUGGAGAUUGAUGGUGUAAGGUAAAGGCUGGUGGCUAUAUAAUAAAUAUCUCAAAUCUUUCUUCCCCUAGUGCAGUCAUGUCUGCUGUGGAUCUUACAUUUUGCUUUUUUAUUUUACCUGUGCUGAUAUCAAAAUACUAUUGACUGACAGUUAAUUCAUUUUGGCUCAUGAAAUAAUAAUAUUUAUUCGGGCUUUCUGUGUAGUUUGACUGACCUGGUUGAUCAUAAAGAGAACAUGGGGUAGGCUUCACAUAGCAGUAUUUCUAAGCAUUUAUUUAAUAUUCUAUCUAUCUUGUGUGUAAGAGUGAGACUAAAAGAAAAAUCAUUUUUUACAACCCUGUUAUUUUUUACUGAUGUUUUGUGUAAAAAAUAAUGCUCUUGUUGGCUGGUUGUUGUUUGGCUUACAGCUGCAAAGCCUUGCACCGUACACCCUAGCAUAGCUUUGUUUUUUGUACUGUAGCUAACAUGCUAACAUAUGUUGUUGUUUUUUUUUUAGCCUGAGCCUUAAAGGAUAGCUUCACUGUCCUCUCUUUCACCUUUCAUGUCCUCUUGGCAUGGUGUGCAGUUCAAAGCAUUGUAGCCAGUUAGCUUGGUUAGCUUUUAGCCAAGCAUGAGUAGGCUCUCACACUUUCCUGUAUUUUGAGUUUCCCUUUUUGAUAUGCAGCUAGCUGUUACUCUCAGGAGGUCCAGUUUGUUUUAAGAUAGCCAGACUUUAAAUAAAGGGUAUAAAAAGGCUAAAAAAGGGAAAUAAAAAGCUAAUAAUGUAGGGAUUUGGCUUAACAUUUAAUUACCUGGCUUGCUUUGUUUAUGUUCCCCUUCUGCAGAAAAAGUCUGGUUCAAAAGAUAACUAUUUUCCUUUAACUAGCGUAGCAGUUUCUGGAGGUGAUGUGCUCCCUCUCUUAGAAAACUCAAUUUAUGUAUAAAUAAAUUUUCCCAAAGUGGCUAUUACGUUUUGCCUUGUCGCCAGCUCUGACUAGGACUAUCAGAGACAGGAACUAGUCUGUUUUUUCGUGCUGUUUUGCUUCAGCUGGAUUUUCUUUUACAUUAAGUGAUAACAUUGUUAGAGGUUUAUGGUAUGUCCCUUCCUUGUACCAUGUAGCUCUCAUUAUUCCCAAGAUAAGUACAAUUUUCCAUUCUUGGGCCCUUUUAAGCCCAGAGUUAAGAAUCACCCAAUAAGAAUGUCCCUUAAUAUUGUCCCCAAAUUGAACAGCCUUGACUGUGGGCUUAGCUGACUAAACUGUGAAAUCCUGCUUUAUGAAAUUCCCCCUCCAGAAAACUGUUUUUUUUUUUAACCAUACUGACUGAGGAAAAUACAGUUUAAAGUCACACAACGCAGAAAUUCCAGGACACCAUACUGAUAGUUUUUAAAUAUGUUUAAUUGUCUGAUUUUUUUACUGGUUAUAUGCUUGCCUUGUUUUAGGUCUGGUGCUAAUUGUUAAAAAUAGAAGUAUGACUGUUUGGCCAGCUGAUAGUAAUUAGCUCAUUCUCUGGAUGUGUUGCCCUGUGCCAUUUUUGUCCUCUUGAAUACCAUGUUGAUUUUUAGAAUCUAAAGCCAUUUUUGGAACUACAAUAAGAUUUUUAUCUUUAGAAAGUGUUCUGCUGUUUCUAAGUAUUCUUACUAUUAUUGUUUGUUAAAGGACUGAGGAAGUGCUUUAAGCAGUUAGUACAGAUCAGAAUUUGGCACAAUUCACACUUCAUAAAUCACUAAUUUAAAUAUAAAAAUUAAUACAAAAAAUUAAACAAUAUCAGUAUUAUCUGUUUGUAUUAGAACAUAGAGUCAUUCAAGAGUACUCUAUGUUUCAAUAGAGCAGUGGUUUAGAUCUACAUUAAUGUAAGGGGAAUUUAAGGGAAAUUUUGGUCUAUGUUUAUAGAGUAAUUUUUAGUUUAUAGAGGUUAAAUGUUGACAGCAAUCUUAUAUUGUGUAGCUCAGCACUGGAUUCUAUCUUUUGAUAGAAUAUUUGAUAGUUUUAUAUGGUUUCAUUAAAUUCAAUACACUUGCUACAAUAUCCAGUGUGCAUUACACAAACCAUACAGUCAUAGCCCAAACAGUCCUUACAGCUAGCCUGAUCUAUACUGAUCUAUAGGCUAAUAAACACAGCCAGCUAACAUUACUAUCCGAUAAUUCAGAGACCUUUCCACCUUCAAGUUACGUCGUAAAACUGGAAAAGCUCCCUCUAGAAAUGUUUGUGGUGAAGCUGUUGAAUGUGAGAAUGCAUUAGUUAUGGGCAAUUUUCUCUUCUUUCAUUUUCUCCAAAGUGUCCCUUUAACGAGUCAACGUAGACCAAUGAAUUGCCUGAAUUUACCAGUGGAAGCCUUGUUAGUUUUAAGGCAGAGUUUUAAAAGUUGAUUACAUGGAUGUGUUCAGUGGACGCAAAGUACUGUACAUUCUUAACAUGUAACAUUCGUAAGAUGACUGACCAUUAAUCUGUUAUAAAAUAAUUUACUGUUAAUGUAAUAUAUUAUGGUAUCACUGACACAUUUAGGCAGUGCCAUUUUUUGUAACUAAAAUUAAGGUAAUAUUAUGUUAAUUAUGGCAUUUAUACAGUCAUUUAUUUAUGAUAAUUAUACAUAGUAUAUUAUCACCCAUGAUAAUAAUGAUCAUAUACACAAUUCAUAUAUUUAUACAAUGCCAUGAUAUUUGCACAAUAAAGCACUAAAAAGAUGUAUUCAGACUGCAGUUAGUUUAGAACAAAUUUGAAGGAUUUAUGGAAAAGAUAGUCUCCAAAAUCACACUGAAUAAGAAGAUAUACACUGAUAAAUAAUGUUCAUCAAAGAUUUACUGUAUUACUAUUUGUCAUGAAAUGGUGUUUGGGAGGACAUUGUCUAAAUCAUGCUGUUUCUUAAGGACUAUGUAUGUCGUGGUGUCAUUUUUGAUUUCCUUAAACAUUACUACAGAAAGUAAGUAGUUGGUUAGAAAGCGAGUAGUCACCGUAAUCUAUAUUAAACAUGAGAAUAGACAUUAAGAGUGUAAUAUGUGUAAACUUAUUUCCAUUUUUCAAGAAAAGAAAAAGGUUUUGUAUUAUAUAUAAUCAAGGGACCUAUCCAUAGAAAACAAGGUGUAUUGUAGGUGUUUGAUUACUGAUUAAUAUUGCUCACAAUUAAAUGAAACAAAUAAUAAUUGACUUGCACUGGCAAAGAAGUAGAUUUGUGAAUGAUGAAUAUGGCCAUUUUUGUUAAUAUAUUUAGGGCUUCAGAAGGGAUGCUUAUAAUGACUGUAUUCAGUAGCUUUACUAUUCAAGAGAACAAGUGGGAAACAAAUCUCAUGUCAUUAAGAUAUUAAUUAAGUUAUGAAUAUUAUUGUUAUUAUUAAUGGUAUUAUUAUCAUUGCUGCUGUUGUUGUUAUUACUACUAUUAUUUGUUUCCCUCUACCAAUAAUAAUCUUGAAAAAACUAAAAUGCUGAAGUAAACAGAGGGUCUUAUUGUUUCUGAAAAGCUUUCAGUUGUUAUUAUUAUUACUGUUGUUUUUACACUUUUACACAUGUUUGGUUAAUUUUAUAUGGUCUGUUAAUAAUUUGUUCACAUUUGUUUGCAGAUUUUAUUAGCUGAAUGUUUGUUGAAGAUGGUUUACAGUAGUUUUCUGUUGUUUGCUUGAGAACCCCAUAUCUGGAACUUAUGGGUGCAAGAGAACUUAUUUUCUCACUUAUUGUUAUUUUUACAACCUCGCUUAAGAGACGUCAUUUUCCAUUAAACUGUGUGACAAAAACAUUGGGUGGAUUUUACCACAAGGAGGAACAGGCCGUUUACUCACAGCCAUUAAAUACAUUUCCUGUCUAUCAGCAGCAACUGAGUUGCUUUGACCACUCCACCCAAAUGCAUGUGUCAGGUGACGGACUUAUGCUGUUAAAUAAGUGGAAAUUAAAUUAAUUUUGACAAAUGGUUGGAAUUAAAUGCUUUGAACAUGGAUGGAAAAUAAAGAGAUAUCUAAAGUGUA